AUGGAGAACCAAGAACAUGGUUCAUCAGCAUGCAAGUACAAGACAUUUUUAGCUGCAAUCCUCUUGCAAGUUGGGUAUGCAUGGAUGGAUAUCUUGUCUAAGGCUGCAUUAAACCAGGGUAUGAGCAAUUACGCGCUCGUCGUUUACCGUCACGCCAUUGCCACCUUUGUCAUGGCUCCGUUUGCAGCUUUACUCGACAAGAAAGUGAGGCCUAAGAUGACACUAUCAAUCUUCAUCAAAAUAAUGCUGCUAGGCUUACUGGAGCCAGUAAUUGACCAAAACUUGUAUUAUCUUGGGAUGAAACAUACCACUGCAACGUUUUCAACUGCCAUGUACAAUAUUCGUCCUGCCAUUACUUUCGUUAUGGCAUGGAUUUUAAGGCUCGAGAAGGUGAACUUAAGAUCGAUCCGUAGCCAUGGAAAGCUUAUAGGAACACUUGCAACGGUUGCAGGAGCGAUGGCGAUGACACUGAUGAAAGGACCCGUGCUUGAGUUGUUUUGGACGAAAGGAAGGAUCAACCAUGAAGAGGCAGCGAAAAAUGGGACUGAUCUCCACGAUUCGAUUAAAGGCGGUAUAAUGAUCACAAUCGGUUGCUUCAGCUAUGCUUGUUUUGUCAUACUCCAAGCAAUCACUCUGGAAACGUACCCUGCAGACCUUUCUCUAACAGUUUGGAUAUGCCUGGUGAGCACCCUUGAAGGUAUCAUUGCAACUUUGAUAAUGGAAAAAGGAAAUGCUGCCAUUUGGGCUAUUAAAUGGGACACCAGGUUGCUCACUGCUGCAUACAGUGGUAUUGUAUGUUCAGGAGUAAGUUAUUUCGUUCAAGGGAUGAUAAUGAAACACAGAGGUCCGUUGUGUUUGACUGCUUUUAGUCCCUUGUGCAUGGUUAUUGUAGCCGUUAUGUCGUCUUUCAUUCUUACCGAACAAAUGUUUCUCGAAAGGUAA